CAUGGCGGCAGUGCGCGCUUGUGUCGUAUUUACCUCUGUUUCUAGAAAGUCUUUGCUACUGUCGUCGCGUUUCUUCUGUUCAAGUUCCAAGGCUGGUCCAAAGAUCUAUACAAGGACAGGAGAUAAAGAUAAACUGCACAAAUGCCUUAUUUCAUGCCAGGACACUCCAGUACAUAUGGGGGUAAGCGUUUGCUGAAAACAGAUGAUCUUUUUGAAGCACUUGGGACCACAGAUGAACUUUCAAGUCACAUUGGGGUCGCCUGUGAGUUUUGUGAGGAGUCAAGACAUGCUGAUCUGAUUAAAAAGCUUGAAGAGAUUCAGUGCAUUCUCCAAGAUGUUGGGUCAAACAUUGCAACUCCAAGGGAAACAUCACGACAGGAUAAAAUCAAACGAACAGAAUUCAGUGAGAUGCACGUCCCAAUCCUAGAAAGGUGGAUAGAUGAAUAUCACAACCAGUUACCAGCACUCACCAAUUUUAUACUCCCUUCUGGAGGAAAGGCCAGUUCAUUGCUACAUGUUGCAAGGACAGUGUGUCGGCGAGCAGAGAGAAGAGUUGUACCUCUUGUAACUAGUGGAAGUGUUGAUCCAAAUGUUGGAAAGUUCCUUAACAGAUUGAGUGACUUUUUGUUUACUGCUGCAAGAUUUGCUGCAAAAACAGAAGGAAGAGAGGAAAAGAUUUAUCACCGAGUGGACCCAAGCUAGUCUGCAAUAUGUUGGAUUAUUCUAAAAUAGUACCUCUACUAAGGGACCAUUUUAAGUGGCCAUGGCUAUCCAUUAUCACGACCUAAGGGAAAGUUCAUUUAUUAUCCCGAGGGG